GUGUGGAUGGAGGAGGAAGAAAAGCCCUGGAGAUUCCGCACAAGGAGGGGCAGGAAACCCAGCCCAGGGAGCUGCGGGGAGGGAAGAUCCCCCCUGAGCAAGGAAGGCGGCCGGAGAUGCAGCCAGAGCUCAGAGCUGGUGGAGAAGCCCCAUGGCAGAGAGAAGCCACACAAGUGCUUGGAAUGUGGGAAGGGUUUUAGUCGGAGCUUGCACCUGAUCGAGCACCAGGUGAUCCACACUGGGGAACGGCCCUAUGAAUGUGAGGAAUGUGGGAAGCGUUUCAGCUGGAGCUCCAACCUGAGGCAGCACCAGGUGAUUCACUCUGGGGAGAGGCGCUUUGAGUGUGAGGAGUGUGGGAAGAGCUUCAGCCACAACUCUGUCCUGAUCCAACACCAGAGGAUCCACACUGGGGAAAAGCCCUUUGAGUGUGGGGAAUGUGGGAAGAGCUUCAGCCAGAGGGGCCACCUGAUGCAACACCAGAUGAUCCACACUGGAGACCACCCUUAUGAGUGUGGGGAAUGUGGGAUGAGCUUCAGCCAGAAGGGGAGCCUGAUUCAACGCCAGAGGAUCCACACUGGGGCAAAGCCCUAUGAAUGUGUGGAAUGUGGGAAGAGCUUUAGAUACAGCUCUGGCCUGAGGAAACACGAGAUGAUCCACACUGGGGAAAAGCCCUGCAAGUGUGGGGAAUGUGUUCACUCUGGGGAGAAGCCCUACAAGUGUCCCCAAUGUGGGAGGAGGUUUCACAGGAGCUCCGAUCUCCUCAUACAUGAGCGGAGUCACAGGGAGGAGAGGCCCUUCCGCUGCCCCGACUGCAGGAAAGGCUUCAAGCUAAACUCCCACCUCACCCUGCACCGGCGCAUCCACACAGGGGAGAGGCCCUACGAGUGUGGGGAGUGUGGGAUGAGAUUCUCAUUGAGCUCAACUUUUACCUGA